GGCUGCAGCUGUGGAAUCAAAGGUUCGUCAGCUCGUUGGAAAGAUGGAAACCAUUGAGACACUAGCGCGUGUUCAUCCCUUUACCAAAGGGUUUGAAACAACAUAUUAUACAAUAAACUUACAAGAGCAUGCCGAGGUUCUUGUCGGAACGAUACCACCUAAUGUAGCAAGUCGUACAGAAGAAGAGGCGAAGGCACUACAAACAGCGGAGUCACAAACCAUCUACACAACAACAUAUUAUAUCGGGUUGGAAAUUGCACGGCCGGCAAAUGCAGAAGGGGAUGAGUCGUCUGCAAACAAGCGCAGGAGGCCGAGCGAUGAAUCAGCGCCUCCCUCAGUUGAUCAAAAGUCCCUAGUACCCCCAACCCUCAAGCCUAUUCCAUCCUCGGAUUUUGCUCAACCUGGGCCGCCCAGGACGCCUCAACCUGAAGAUACUCCAAAAUCAGCAAACGGUGCGCCUGGUGGACCGAACUCAACAAUACCAUCAAGUGGACUCACUGCUCCAGCUACCAAUGGAGACAACCAGCCUCAGCUAUAG